GGUGGCAGCGAUGGGGUUCUAGCAGUCAUCCCGCACCCAAGCGUCCCACCAGCCGCCAUAGCCCUCUCUGCCGUGCACCGAUUCAACAUGCACCUCGCCUCUGAUAUUCAUUAUGACUUUGACGUCUUUCUCCCAUCCCCAAGAUUCGCACUGCAUGAUGUGACUUUGGAGGUUCGGGUUCUGCUAGGGGGCGCUGCUGGUAUGGAGAAGGGAAGGAGUGAGGGUAGUGUGGGAGAGAAGGGGGGGGGAGCGGAGGAAGAGGAGGAGGAAGAGGAGGAGGAGGAGGAGGAGGAGGAGGAGGAGGAGGAGGAGGAGGAGGAGGAGGAGGAGGAGGAGGGGAAGGGGAAGGGCGGGUGCCUAUCUUUAGACGCUGGGGAUUUGUGCAAUCAGAUUCAUCAAAUGUUUCACCAUCAAGUGCUAACAGUCUCCCACACGCUGGUGGUGUCUGCUGGAGGGAAGGAGGUGGCAGUGCGAGUGGCAGAGGCAAACAAUCUGAGUGAGGAGGAGAGAGAGGAGGCAGUUCUCUACCACAGCUACCGAGGCAUGCUCACUAACAACACUCAAAUACACUUAGUACCCGAUACAGACGAUGAGCUCUUUCCAGUCAAGAAGGCCCUUCUGCGACCAUGCCUUUCCUCUCGUCUUUCCUCCCCCUUCCCCACUCGCUUCAUUCCUCUUCUUUCGUCUUCCCCAAACCCACCCUCCUUUACCCCCUGCUCGCUGAACUGGCUCCAUUCUUCCCCUUUCUUCAUCCCUUGUUCCCCAACGCCCCGCCGCUUCCGCUUCCGACCCCAGCUCCUAUCAUCAGACGAUGAGCUAUUCCCAGUCAAGAAGGCACUUCUGCGACCGUGCCUCACACUUACUAAAGCAGUGCAGGACACGAGCCCAGAGCCCGCAACCGUUCAAGUACCCAUCGACUGCUUACUGCUGGACCGAGUGCUGCUGUUCUUAGAGGCGGAUUUCAAGGGGCAGGGGGGAGACUUCCAGUUUGACAUCAACCUCAUUCAAGACCUGAGGGAGGCAGCAAGUGCCUUGGGGCUGAAAAAUGGUUACCGGAACACCCGGGAGGCGAUACAAUCAUUCCAACUCAGCAUUUCUACAUGGGAGAGCUUCAAGAGGAUGAUAGGGUUAAGUUGGUGGAGCAAGAAGACCAGCAACCAUCCGCAGAGUUUAUGCAACAAUUGUGGGACGACAGGAAGCGCGCUCGGCGCGCUCUUCCGAUCCGUCGAAUCCGGAUCGCAAGCAGGAGUUUCCGCGCCGGCCACGUCACCAAAUGGCGCCGCCGCGCUGGCCAGCCGCCACGUCAGCACGUGCGAUCUCGCGGGGUUUGCGGGAGGUCGUGACGUGGAUGCGGUGCUAAGCGGCGCGGUGUCUCCCUUCAGAAGCUCCGUGACUUGCGCCGCUGCGUCGUCGAUGUCGUUUCGCGGCAUUGCUCCGUCAGUCGCGGCGGGAGACGCGGCGGCGAUCGCAGCGCAGUGCAGGCGUGGAUACGCGACCUUUUCCCGAUCCAAGCCGCAUUUGAACAUCGGCACCAUCGGCCAUGUGGAUCACGGCAAGACCACACUCACCGCUGCCAUCACCAAGGUUCUGGCGGACGAGGGCAAGGCGAAGGCGAUUGCGUUCGAUGAGAUUGACAAGGCGCCUGAGGAGAAGGCCCGCGGCAUCACCAUUGCUACUGCCCAUGUGGAGUACGAAACAGAGAAGCGCCACUACGCACACGUGGACUGCCCAGGCCACGCGGACUACGUGAAGAACAUGAUCACAGGCGCCGCUCAGAUGGACGGAGGCAUUCUCGUGGUGUCGGCCCCUGAUGGCCCCAUGCCCCAGACGCGCGAACACAUUCUGCUGGCCAGACAGAACAUGAUCACAGGCGCCGCUCAGAUGGACGGAGGCAUUCUGGUGGUGUCGGCUCCUGAUGGUCCCAUGCCUCAGACGCGCGAACACAUUCUGCUGGCCAGACAGGUGGGAGUGCCGUCGCUGGUGUGUUUCCUGAACAAGGUGGACAUGGUAGACGAUGAGGAGCUGCUGGAGCUGGUGGAAAUGGAACUGCGAGAGCUGCUGUCCUUCUACAAGUUCCCAGGGGACGACAUCCCCAUCGUGCGAGGGUCAGCGCUGGCAGCACUGCAGGGCACCAAUGAGGAGAUUGGCAAGAAGGCGGUGCUGAAGCUCAUGGAAGCCGUGGACGAGUAUAUCCCUGAGCCGCAGCGGUCACUGGACAAGCCCUUCUUGAUGCCCAUUGAAGACGUGUUCUCCAUCCAGGGUCGAGGCACAGUGGUGACAGGGCGAGUGGAGCAGGGAAUCAUCAAAGUGGGCGAUGAAAUCGAGAUCGUGGGCAUGAAGGCGGGCAAUCCCACCAAGACAACGGUGACGGGCGUGGAGAUGUUUAAGAAGAUCCUCGACCAGGGGCAGGCCGGAGACAAUGUGGGGCUGUUGAUGCGAGGGCUCAAGAGAGAGGAUGUGCAGCGAGGUCAAGUAGCAUGCAAGCCCGGCUCAAUCAAGACGUCUCAGAAGUUCCAGGCGGAGAUCUACGUGUUGACCAAGGAGGAGGGCGGGCGCCACACGGCCUUCUUCUCCAACUACCGCCCGCAGUGCUACCUGCGCACCGCUGAUGUGACAGGCAAGGUGGUGCUGCCAGACGAAGUCAAGAUGGUCAUGCCGGGGGAUAACGUCACUGCCACGUUUGAGCUGCUGUCUCCAGUUGCGAUCGAAGCAGGCCAGCGCUUCGCUCUGAGGGAGGGCGGUCGCACCGUGGGUGCUGGUGUGGUGGCUAAAUUGCUGGACUGA